UCUUGUCUGGCCAAUGUCUCCCGUAGAGAGCCAGCGGGGCAUAACCCAAACCAAGCGAAGGGGGGAUCUGCACAGUAGGAGAUAUAUAACGGGGAAUGCAGCCUCGAUUCUUGGUCAUCAUAUUUGUGUCCUGGAUUAGACGAAUUUGUGACCGCGAGCUAACACGCCAAACCCCCUUGUCAAUCUAAUUAGUCUGCAAUCAUCAGAAUUCCACAAUGGCACCCACUCGCUCCGAACCUUGGCCUCUCGAACCCUCACCAGCCGUUUCGUCGCAGAAGCAAAAUGUCACCAACGCGAUGACGGACGACAUGUAUGGCAAGUAUUGCCCUGCAGAACCGGCUACACUGCAACUCGAGUCCAACUUCGGUCCCAUGGAUCCCGAGGCGAUCGGCUACCUCCAGCCCACAACGAUGGACACCCCCCUCGAAGAAAUGCGUAGGCGUUUUGCCCACGACGGCUAUCUCUUUGUCAAGAAGUGCAUUCCCAAGGAAGCAUCCCUCGAAUGCCGCCGAGCCUACUUCGAGCACAUGCGCCCAAGCGGCCUCCUAAAAGAGGGCAGCGACCCCGUAGACGGCAUCUUCUCGCAUGCCGACAGCCGGAAAUACCUCCCUCCAGGCAAUCUGCGACGCCUCUUCGGGCUCAAGGACGACCCCGAGAGCGACCGCUACGUGGAGCUGAUGAUAUCGGCCCACGAAGCGCCAUUCUACCUCGACCUAUGCGCGAACCGGGAACUCCGCGACUUCGUCAGCCGCUUCACCGGCUGGGCCAAGCCGCACAUGCUGCAGCGCACCAUGCUGCGGGCGUUUGUCCCCGAUAGCGAGCUCACGCCAGUCCACUACGACCAGAUGUACCUGCGGGCGGGCCCCCCCACGAGCCUGACCGCCUGGGUCCCCAUUGGCGACGUAUCGCUGGAAGGGGGCGGCCUGAUGUACCUCGAGCGGUCGACGGACAUCGGCAGGAAGACUGAAGGGGACUUUGCCAAGCACGCCGGCAACCUGACUGAUGAGGAGAUGGUGAGUGCCUUCAACAAGAACAUGAGCGACGGUGGCUUCUUGAGCCGAGAUACGGUCGCCUACGGGAAGGGGGUGCGCCGGAAGUGGCUUGUAGCCGAGUACGAGGCCGGCGAUGUCAUCUUCCACAGCCCUUACAUGGUGCAUGCCAGCUGUAAGAACAAGGACCCAAACAGCAAGAUCCGGCUGGCCACCGACCUGAGAUUUGUUGAUCCGGAGAAGCCGUACGAUCAUAAAUUCGUGCGCAAUGAGGCAAUCAAGACGGAUCCUCCGGAGAUCUACAAUCUGAGGACCGUCCUGGUCAGCCUGGCAGCAUGCAGCGGCGCCCUACUCUUCGGAAUGGACAUGGGCAUCAUUGGAGGAGUCCUGGCUAUGGACACCUUCAAAGAGCAAUACGGCCUCACUGAUAAGCCCGAUCCCGUCAUCGCCAACCUCUCGUCCAACAUCGUCUCCGUAAUCCAGGCGGGCGCGUUCGCCGGUUGUAUCAUAUCUAUGUGGCUGGCGAACCGGAUCGGAAGACGAUUGUCGCUCAUCUUUGCCUCCAUAUUAAUCUUCAUUGGCGUCGCGCUUCAGGCCGCUGCCAGUGGCCACAUCGCCUUGAUCUACGUAGGAAGAUUCAUUACGGGUAUCGCCAUUGGGAUCGCCUCGACCGUGAAUCCACUCUAUGUUUCGGAAAACGCACCGCGAGGCAUCCGGGGCCUUCUUACUGGCUGUUACCAGCUAAGUAUCGUUACGGGCAUGACUCUCGCCUUCUGGAUCAACUACGGCUGCUUGAUCCACGUCAGCGGCCACGCCCAAUACAUCAUCCCCCUAGCGCUCCAGGCCCUCCCCGCCAUCAGCUUGUUCUUCGGCAUGCUUUUCGCCAACGAGUCUCCCCGUUUCCUUGCCCAAAAGACCCCAGACAAGGCCCUCGCCGUUCUGGCCACGCUCCGCGGCCUCCCGGCAGACCACCCCUACGUGCGGGGCGAGAUGGAGAGUAUCACUCUGCAGCUGGAGGAGGAGAGAGCCCUGGCGUUCAACGGCUCCGGCUGGACGUUGGUCAAAGAAGCCUUCACUGUCAAGUCCUACCGGCGUCGGACCUUCUUAUGUAUUACACUGAUGAUGUGGAGCAACCUGACCGGCACCAACGCCAUGACCUACUACAGCCCUACCAUUUUCAAGAGCGUCGGCCUAUCUUCGUCCCAGGCUGGUCUGCUCGCGACGGGAGUCUAUGGCAUCGUAAAGAUGAUUUCUUGUUUGAUUUUUAUCCUUUUCGUCACAGACUCCCUCGGACGGAGAAAGAGUCUGCUAUGGACCGGAAUUGUCCAGGGAUUGGCGCUCUUCUAUGUAGGAUUCUACAUCAGAUUUGACCCCCCGACGGUGGACUCGCCGCCCGGCGCGGCGGGCUAUGUCGCCAUUGUAGCCAUCUACAUCUUUGCUUCCAUGUACCAGUUCGGCUGGGGCCCUGUUGUCUGGACGUACUGCGCCGAAAUCCCGGCCGCCCGCAUGCGUGCACUGCAGAUGGGCAUGGCCACGGCCAGCCAGUGGCUGUUCAACUUUGUUGUCGCCAAGGGAACGUUGAGCAUGUUCGCGACCAUGGGGAAGGGCGGAUUCGGCACCUACUUUCUGUAUGGGUCGUUCUGCUUCAUCAUGGUGGUGUUUGCUUGGUUCUUCGUGCCCGAGACAAAAGGGUUGUCUCUGGAAGACAUGGACGAGCUAUUCGCUCAGGAUUCUGUCAGGGGCAAGUUUGUGCCAACACGUAGCGUCCUUGUGAAUGAGGAGUGCGACGUGAAGAUAGUGGAGGACCAGAGGUUUGACCAUGUUGACCGAGUUUAA